CUCUUUUCUCAUUUCUCACUACCUCCUCUCACACACUGACUGUCUUUCACUCCUUUUAUGCAUAUGAACAAAACAAACUCUGCAAAAGGCUCUCUGUUCCCCUCUUUUCUUACUCUCUCCUUGGCCGACAAACCUGAAGAAGAGUCUAUUCUCCUCACUCUCCUUAUUCAAAAUCUCCACAUUGUCCGCCAUUUAUCUUCUUCUCUAGUUUACUUACAUACUUGAAUCGAAUCAAUGGGUAGAGACUUUCUGCUUCUGAGUACUCUCAUUCUCCUCCUCUCUGGGUUUGUAUCCUCAGCUCCUUCAGCUAACUCUCCAGCAAAGAUUAUCAAUGGGUUCAUCACAAACCACGGCUCGUCACUCAUGAAAUGGAUAUGGUCACUCAAAACCACCACCAAAACAACAAUUGCGACGAGAUCGAUGGUGAAAUUCGAGGAUGGGUAUUCAGUAGAGACGGUCUUCGACGGAAGCAAACUCGGCAUCGAGCCUUAUGCGGUUGAGGUCUUGCCUAAUGGAGAGCUGCUUGUUCUUGAUUCCGAGAACAGUAACAUCUACAAGAUCUCAUCUUCUCUUUCCCUAUAUAGCAGGCCGAGACUGGUUACUGGCUCCCCUGAAGGAUACGCAGGUCACGUGGAUGGGAGACUACGUGACGCUAGGCUGAACCAUCCCAAGGGUCUUACAGUUGAUGACCGAGGGAACAUAUAUGUAGCUGACACGGUGAAUAAUGCUAUACGGAAGAUUAGUGAAGGAGGAGUUACAACAAUAGCUGGAGGCAAGACGGCUCGCAAUGGAGGACACGUGGAUGGACCAAGCGAAGAUGCAAAGUUCUCAAAUGACUUUGACGUUGUUUACCUCGGAAGCAGCUGUUCCCUCCUCGUCAUUGACCGUGGAAACAAAGCCAUCAGAGAGAUUCAGCUUCAUUUCGACGACUGUGCUUACCAGUACGAAAGCGGGUUUCCUCUUGGCAUCGCUGUCCUCGUAGCUGCAGGCUUCUUUGGUUACAUGCUGGCUCUCUUGCAGCGACGGGUCGGUUCCAUCGUCUCUUCUCAAAACGUGAGUGUUUUAGAUCAAGAAACGUUCGAAGCGGAUCCUGAUCAGAAGCCUGUGAAGCCAUUCAGACCGUCUCUGAUUCCAAACGGAGAUGAGCAGCUGCUAGAGAAGCAAGAUGAAAGCUUCCUGGCAUCACUGGGGAACUUGGCUUCAAACGCUUGGGUUACUGUUACAGAGAUGCUCAGGAAGAAGCAGACAGCAACAAGCUUUGAGCAGUACCAAUCAAAGCAGCCUUCUGCUGCGUUUAGUACAGCAACUCCAUGGCCUAUCCAAGAGAGCUUUGUGAUCCCAGAGGAAGACGAGCCUCCUCCUGUCGAGCAUAGGAACCAAACACCGAGAAAAACUUAUGCUUUUAUGUCCAAAGACGCUGAGAAAAUGCAGCAGCUGCGUCAGAGCCGGGCGUUCUACAGUAACUGGGAAGCUGCUGAGUUCCCAAACCAGCAACAGCAAAAGCAGCAACAUAAGCAGCAGCAUAGAAGGCAUUACUCGUCGAUCCCACAUACUUAUUAUGAGCAGAACAGUGAGAAGACUAAUGAGAUAGUCUUUGGGGCGGUCCAAGAAAAGAGCAGCAAGCGUGCUACUAAGCCAAAGGAGUCUGGAGAUCAGAUAAAUAAUAAUGCUAAUACUCAACAGAAUCUUCAUUACAGAGCUCAUUCUGUUAGUUACCCAUAUGGAUACUAUCCAUAUACAUAAAAAAAAAAGUCUCGUGAGUUUAUGGUAUUAUAAGUCUUAUUGAAUAA